GUGUGUGUGUGUGUGCACAACUACCGUUUUGAUCAAUUUUCGUACUAGAAAAUAAAUGCUAGCUCUAAGAGCUAUAGAGAUAUGAUAGAUCUCUCUAGAGCUCAAGCUUUAGUCUGUUGUUGUUGUUCUAAUGCAUGUGCAGUGACUUCGUAAUGACGUGAAAUGAAUUUGUGUUAAGAUCAUUGUAAUUAGCAUCUAUAGUAUAAGCGUUCUUUAAUUGCAAGAUGAUGACUCUACUCAUCAGUUAGUCUCGUUAUGCUUUUUCACGAACUGUGUUAUUUGAAAUUGAAAAGUACGCAGGAUAUCUAAUAGCGUCUAUAUUAAAGAGUUUGAAAGUCGAAAAUUCAAGCUAGGUGCUCGAUCUGAAGUUAAAAAACUAAUAUUUUAUAAUGUGUUGUUUCUUUUUAUUGGAAUUAACGAAACUGAUUUGUAUGCUAUUUUUUCACGAGUGUAAAUGUGUAGGUUCAUAAAUAUUUUUUUUCGAGUAGUGGUAUCGAAGUUCAAUCUUAUUUUUAGGUAUAUCGGCAAUGUUGUCAGAAGACGUGAACGAAAUGAUAGUGCAAGCGAUGAUGAUCGAGCGUUUGAAAAAUUUUUACAAGAACAACGUGAGUCAACAACAUCGAAGAAACUAUCUGCAGUUUUACCUGUUUCGAAGGAAAUGAAAGGUUCGAAAAAGAAUGAUAGUCUUGACGACUUUAUUCAUGAUUCGACUGAUAGUAGUAUUGAACAAACAUUCUUAUCUGUUCCAACAUUUUAUGCAAAUGUUGAUCGUCUAUUGUCAACAACAACAAAAAAUAACGAUCGAAGGAAGAUAACAAAAAGAACAACAUCGCCUCCAGUCAAGUUGAGUCAUGUAUAUCGAAAAUUAGAAGAUGCUUAUGCAUCGGACGAAACUGAUGAUGACAAUGAUGAAGAAAAAGUUUCUGAGUUGAAAACGAGUGAGAAUACAGCCGAACGAAACAAUUUAUGUCUAGAUGAUAUUUACGCAUCCGAUGCUAGUGAUCGGUCAUCAUCACCCAUUUCGAGUCAAUCGAGUAAAUCAUAUUCCUCGGCAUUGUUAUUCGAAAAUCCCAUCACAAGAGCAAAUGAUACACCAAAAAAUACACCAUUGAACAAUCGUCGAAAAAAUCAAACACCACAAGAGAAAUCUACCGUUAAGCGUCAGGAGGUUACACUAUUAAAGCAUAAUUUUCUAGAAUCAUUAUCUAACAGUGUAUCCAACCGUGAAAAACAUCCAGAUGCAUUACAAUAUUGUUCAAACUUUAAAAAGACUCGAAAUGAUCUGGCACAAAAAUUAUUUGAAAUAUUCGAUCGCGAUGUCUUCUCAUCACAGUUUUCGAAAUCAGAGAAGGUGAAAGUACAAUGGAGUUCUCGUUUAACAGCUACAGCUGGUCAUUGUUCAACCAAAAACUCCGUGAAAGAUGUACUGAUAACCUUAUCAGAAAAAGUGUGGGACACACCGGAACGAUGUCGUGAUACAUUAAUUCAUGAA